UGGGGCCGGAGGCGGUGCGCCGAGGGGCUCUGACAGGACUGGUCGGAAAGGGUCGUCCGGUAGGAGCUGGGCGCCGAGAAUCCCUGGUGCCAGCACCAGAGCAGCGGCUCUCCGUACUAACUCCUCUCCUGGUCAGCCGUAGCCCCUGCCGCAGAGCCCGGCAACUGUCAGCCAUCGCCCGCGCAGCCCCAAGGGCCCCUCGCCUCACCUGUGCUUGUCGCGCCCCGCGCGCGCUGUCCGGCUGUGGAGAUGAGCGAGCUUAAUACCGAAACAUCUCCAGCAACCAACCAGGCAGCUGGCCCAGAGGAAAAAGGAAAAGCUGGCAAUGCCAAGAAGGCGGAGGAGGAGGAGGAGAUUGACAUUGAUCUGACAGCACCAGAAACAGAGAAGGCUGCCCUUGCUAUUCAGGGCAAGUUUCGGCGAUUUCAGAAAAGGAAAAAGGAUCCCAGCUCCUGAAUGGCCAGCCUUGCCCUUCACCUUCACCCUGGCCCCUUUUCUCCCCUUCUUCACAGCCCUGACUCCUGUGCAUCUUUGUCCCUUGUCCCUCCAGCCUUUCCUUGAGGCAAGUUCAACCCUUAUAUAUUCUUGUAUCUGGCCCCCUUAAGCCAUCACAGAAGUAGAGGCACAAAAGAGGUGGAGAAGAUGAAGACUUCAAUCAGCAGCCACUUGUCUAAGGGUGGAACAGUUUCUUCUUGGGAUAAGGUUCUUUGAUCAGUAGCGAUGCCUGCCCUGUAGAGUUGAACAAGAGGCUCUGAGGCUGAGAGAGCUCCCCAACCACAAUGUGAGAAGGGGGGGAAGGC